AUGCGCCCCCGUGUAUAUUUGCUGCUAUCACUAGCAAUCCAUCUUUCAUAUGCGCACCUAACAGCGCUAAAAAAAGAUGAUUUUGACAAAGGUGAUGAUGUAGAUGCUGAAAGUGAUUCUAGUUUAGAUAAAAAUGACAACUUUUCACAAAUUGAUAGCAAUGAUGGCGCUAAAACUACCAAUUCUACCGAUAAAGAAGAGAGUAGUGAUAAUUUGGGAAAGAUCCGUGUGUCAAUAGGCGAUGAAAUUGCCAUUGACACCGGCGGUACAAGCUACACUGGCACAAAAACUCCACUAAUCAUAAUUUCCCCAAUCUCCAUAAUUGAUUAUGCUCGCUUGUACAAGAAAAUGGAAAGUAGCAAAAAUGAAUCAAACGUUGUUAUGCAGGAAAAAUUGGCAAUGAGUGAUGCGAACUCAAGACUAGCCUCGCUUUACAAACAAUUGAAAGAUGCAGAAUCGAGACUAGCGUUCUAUAAAGCAGACAAAGGCCAGCUUGAACUGCUCAAUCAAUCUCAAUCAUAA